AUGGGAGAGGAAAACAAAGUAAUUGGACAUGGUACGUGGUCAAGCACUUAUUCAAAGAGAGUUGAAUUGGCUCUCAAAAUCAAAGGAAUACCCUUUGACUAUGUAGAAGAAAAUUUAAGCAACAAGAGUGAUUUGCUCCUCAAGCACAAUCCUGUUUACAAGAAGAUCCCUGUUCUUGUUCACCAAGGAAAACCUAUAGCUGAAUCACUCGUUAUUCUUGAAUACAUUGAUGAAACGUGGAAUUAUGAGCCUCGACUUUUGCCAGACGAUCCUUAUAAAAGCGCCACACUUCAUUUCUGGGUUGGUUAUGUCCAACAGGUAUUAGAAAGCAUGGGAAAACUCUUCAAUUCAGACGGUGAAGCAUCGCAGAAGAUGGCCUUUGAAAAUGUGUGUGAGAAACUGAGGGUUUUAGAAGAGGGAAUAAAGAGUAGCUCCUUUGCAGAGAAAAAACUUAAUUUCCAUGGUCAGAAUUUGGAUCUCCUAGAUAUAAUGAUGGUUGCAACACUUGGUGCCUUCAGAGCACAAGAAGAGUUUCUUGGUGUUUAG